UUACAAGGUACAAACUCAGACGCUUUGUUACGUUGAUUUCAAUGGAGAAGAUUAAAAAUUUUGAAGAACUAAUCAGCGACUAUAUUGGUCCCAACAAAAAUGUGGUGGAUACAAAAGUCAGCAACUUAACGGCACCUGGAGAAAACUAUUUGAGUGAGAUCAUUAGAAUUGAUGUUGUUGUACAAGACAAAGAUGCAAAUCACCAGGAACAUUUAUCAUUAGUAGCAAAAUUAUGUGUUGAACAUGAGUUUUUUGGCCCCACAUACAAUUUGACCAAAAAUGAAAUAAUUUUUUAUGAAAAUAUUGUUCUUGCUAUAAAAAAUUUCCAUAAAAGACAUGGUUUGCCGCCACCCUCGUUUUAUCCAGAUUAUGCAGGAGGUAGGUUCAAUUUGGCAGUAGAAGAUGACAAGCCUGAUAUGAAUGCUGUUCUUAUCCUGGAAAAUUUAGCACCAAAAGGGUACAAAAACCUGGACAGAUAUGUUGGAUUCGAUUUGACUGCAGCUAAACUUAUUUUAAAAGAUCUGGCAACGUUUCAUGCUGUCCCUAUGGCAAUGAGGCUUAAAGAUUGUGAAGAAUUUGCCACUCUAAUUAAAAGGUUAUCUGUUCAAUUUCCACACAAAGGAAAACAAGACUCACCGCCAAAGAUAUUUGAAAUAUUGAAAGAAGUACUAAACAAGAAGCAGAAAUACAAAGCAGCUGAGAAAUUUACGAAGAUGCUGGAUGAUUUUUUUAAGUACAUGAGUAAACAUCCCGAUAGGUUAUUUAAUAAUAAACCUAUUAAAAGAUUUUCGACAAUAGUGCAUCAUGAUAUGUGGCUCAAUAACACAAUGCAAGUUAUCGAAAAUGGCAAAGCAAUUAAAAACAAAUUUGUUGACUUCCAGAUGUGUCAAAUUGGGUCAUCUACCAUCGAUCUGGUUUUCCUUCUCUUUAGCAGUGUUGAACUAAGCUGUCUUCAAACUAAUCUAGACAACCUGAUUCAACAUUACUAUAACGAAUUCGUGGAUAUACUAAAAAAGCUGGAUUUAUACACGGACGAAUACUCAUAUGAGAAAUUUUUGGAAGAAUUUAAAACGGGAGGGCCAGAGGGGAUAAUUCAGUGCAUUUUUAUGCUACCAACAGUUAUUUUUGGAGAAAAAGGAAAAGUAGCUGAUCCUGGAGACAGUAGUCUAACUGUCGAAAAUGUACCUGAGAUAGCGCUUAAAAAGCUUAUACUUUUAUGUGAAGAAGGUGCUGAAAGAGGUUGGAUUUAAUGUUAUUUUUAUUAUUUUUUUUUAGAAAUAAAAUGAUAUAAUAUAAAA